CGGUGUUUGGGCUUUGCAGGAAGAGUCCUGAAGGAAAUUGGGAUCGCCGACCCUAAUCGGUAUGGAAAGGAGAAGCGGGAGGAAUGAGGUAAUACUAUGAACCGUAAUGUUUAUUUCUAAACUAAGAUUUUUCGAGGGAAAGAAUUUAUGGACAAUUUCAGUUUUUAUAAGUAAUGUCAAUUCAGUUUCUUUCAGAUAAAUAUGUGUACCUAGCAUUUAGUACAAGAAGUCUUUGGAAUGGACAGAGAACUGGGAAACGACACUAUUUUUACAGACCUGAACUUUUUUGGAGGAUAAGCUAUGCUUCUCCUUUUAGAGUGUUACACACAAGCAGCCAAUAUUAUACAUGGACAAGAGGCAAAACAGAGUGGCAGAAAUACUUCUACUGCCAUUACUGUUUGGGUUCCAGAAUUUCUAAAUUUAGCACUUCUAAGGAAUUGACCAAAAACAAUCGCAUGUCGCGAUUGAAGAACACUUUAGAAUCUGUCUCUAAGGCUGUGUGUGGCACUCACAGUGAACUAGUUUCACGGUUAGCUCGUCUAAAACCUCAUUCUGCUAUACUGAAGAAAGCAGUUGAAGCUGAUGGGACGGAGAACAGCUUUUUUAUCAGCUCAGAAAAAUACAGAGAAGUCUCAAGUGAAAUCUAUCAGAAGGAUUAUGAUGAUAACUUACAUGAGAAAAAGACUGUGUCUGCAGAUGGAGUCUUAGCGUCAGUCAAUACCAGUCAAGGUUCUUUGAAAGAUCCCUCAGAUAUUAAAAAUAGUCUUUUUCAUGUUAGCAAAUUUGCUACAAACUUUGGGGAAACAUACAACUUUGUAGCCCAUCAUAUCAACUGGUAUUUUAGCACUGCUGGAAUGGAUCAAGAGAAGAAAGGGAGUGUUCUCCCCCCUAACCCACCCAAACAGAGUGAAGAAUCAUUUAAUUCCUCAGAAGAUGACAUUUUAAGUGAUGAAAACAGGAUGAGUGCAGUAUCUGCCUUAGUACCUGCCUCGCGGUCACCAAAUGCUGGAAAAGUACCUUUUCCUUCAGCUUCCAGUAAAAAGGGUAUUUCAAAUUUUCUUUCUUAUCCUAGUAACAGUGUACAGGCCUUUGUAGAUAGUUACAUUGGAGGCCUGGUACCUAAGUUACGAUCUGAUACAAAAUCUGCUGUGCAGGAAAAGACUAAAGAACAGGAACAAGAGGACAUGUUGAAAGAUGACGAGGCUAAAUGUGCAGAAGAGAAGGAAAAGAGGCUAAGUCUUCAAAGAGAAAAGAUUAUUGCAAAGGUUAGUGUAGAUAAUAGAACUCGGGCUUUAACUCAAGCAUUGCGAAGAUCGUCUACUAGAAGAGUCUGUAUCAACAGAGUUGAAGAACUGACAUACCAUCUGUUGGAAUUUCCAGAUAGUAGAGGAGUCGCCAUUAAGGAAAAUGUCAUUCCAUGCUUGCUGAAACUUAGGCAGACAAAAGAUGAAGCACUACAGGCUGCUGUGAGAGAAGCCUUGGCUGUGAUUGGCUAUACAGACCCAGUAAAAGGGUGGGGCAUUCGAAUUCUUUCCAUUGAUGGUGGAGGAACAAGGGGCUUAGUGGCACUUCAGACUCUUCGUAAAUUAGAAGAGCUCACUGGAAAGCCCAUUCAUCAACUUUUUGACUACAUUUGUGGAGUGAGUACAGGUGCUAUAUUGGCAUUUAUGUUGGGAUUAUUCCAUAUAUCUCUGGAUGAAUGUGAAGACCUUUACCGGAAAUUAGGAACAGAUGUCUUUAAGCAAAAUGUCAUUGUUGGAACAGUUAAAAUGGGAUGGAACCAUGCAUUUUAUGACAGUGAAAUAUGGGAGAAAAUGCUUAAGGAACGAAUGGGAUCCGAUAUUAUGUUUGAAACGGCAAGAAAUCCUAAAUGUCCUAAGGUGGCUGCCAUAAGCACUAUUGUAAGCAGAGGAACACCACUGAAAGCCUUUGUAUUUAGAAAUUACAAUCACUUCCCUGGAGUAAAGUCUCACUAUCUUGGAGGUUGCCAUUAUAAAUUAUGGCAAGCUAUCAGAGCAUCAUCUGCAGCACCAGGUUAUUUCCAGGAAUAUGCACUGGGUAAUGAUCUUCAUCAGGAUGGAGGACUUCUUAUAAAUAAUCCUACAGCAUUAGCAGUACAUGAAUGUAGAUGUCUUUGGCCAAAUGUCCCUCUUCAAUGUGUGGUGUCCCUAGGAACAGGCCAGUAUGAAAACAAUGGGAAAACCAAUGUCACCUAUACAAGUUUAAAAGCUAAAUUGACUAAUGUCAUUAGCAGUGCUACAGAUACUGAAGAAGUUCAUAUUAUGUUGGAUGCCCUUUUGCCUCCAGACACCUACUUUAGAUUUAAUCCUCUGAUGAAAGAAGAUAUUCCUCUGGAUGAAAAUCGUAAAGAAAAACUGAAUCAAUUGCAGACAGAUGGCAUCCGAUAUUUAGAAAGAAAUGGCGAGAAGUUGAAAAAAGCUGGAAAAAUAUUAUCACAGGAAAAAAACAUUUUACAGAAACUGAGUAACUGGAUGAGAUUAAAAGUUGAUAUGUAUGAUGGCCUUCCAAUUCUGUCAAAAUUGUGAAUAUGUAAAAUGCUAUGCAUCAUAGGUGUAAUCAGUUGUAUAUGCAAAGGGUUCAACAUUGGUUAGUCAUUAUGUAAUCAUGUUUUCUAUUCAAUGAGCAAACAAGCUAUAUAAAAUGCAUUUCAAUCUCAGUAGCUCCUUGGUAGCUUCUUCGAUUGGAUCUGAAGGUCCUGUGUGCAAACAGAAAGAAAAUGUACCAGUCUAUUUCUUCCUUGUCUCCCAGUCUGUCAUCUUUACACUCAGUGUUUCUCUGAAUCCUUCAAGCCAAUAUCCAGUAGGACAUAAAUAUGCAGAUCAGUAAUUAUGACCACUGCCGAUAUUUUUUUUCUACAAACAGAACUCUUGUGAAAUUUGAGAUGUUAUGAUUUCUUGAAGUAUAUGAGUAUUAGUUUUCAGAACCUCACUUCACUACCACUUAAAUUCAAGUACUGGUGUGUGUG